AUGAUUGAAGAUUUGCUUGACUUCGUUGUCAUUGAAAAACUCAACCCUGAUGGCAAGAAGUAUGAUAAAGUUUCUCGUGUUGUAGCACGCAAAACAUUGAACAUUGAUAGCACUCUGAUUAGUCCUCAUGAUGCCCAGGUAGCUUUGACCCAUGGGCCUGAGAAUGUCAAACCUCAAGUCAGACAGACAGAUGGAAAUGGCAAUUUCUGCUUUGAGAGCUUCUUUGAUAUGGAUGUUGGUGCUGAGGAUGUUAUAGGAAUUGCUUUUGUUCAAAAAGGCUAUUAG